AUACCUGACGACUAAAAUAACAGUCCAAAGCUGCAUAGCGGACUUUCCAAUCUUAACUGUAUCUUUUCCAGUUAUUAACAUAAAAACAACUAAUCAACUCAAAUAUAUAUAUUUUGAUCCAUCCAUUCAUUCAUCCAUCGGAGCAACAUCAGAUCGGAAAAUCAAUAAUGAUCACCACGGACGGCGUUGAAGACGAAGAGAAAUGGCUGACAGCUGCCAUCGCCGGCAUUCAACAAAACGCUUUCUACAUGCAUCGCGCUUUGGAUUCAAAUAAUAUUAAAGACGCAUUGAAAUACUCCGCUCAGAUGCUUUCGGAGCUCCGUACUUCAAGGCUUUCGCCACAUAAAUAUUAUGAGCUUUAUAUGAGGGCAUUUGAUGAGUUGAGGAAGUUGGAGAUUUUUUUCAAAGAGGAGAGUAGGCGGAGUUGCUCGAUUAUUGAGUUGUAUGAACUUGUGCAGCAUGCAGGCAACAUUUUGCCCAGAUUGUAUCUACUUUGUACAGUAGGAUCUGUGUACAUCAAAUCUAAGGAAGCUCCUGCUAAGGAUAUCUUAAAGGAUCUUGUUGAGAUGUGCCGUGGUAUCCAGCAUCCUCUUCGUGGACUCUUCCUAAGGAGUUAUCUUUCUCAAGUCAGUAGGGAUAAGUUACCUGAUAUUGGUUCCGAGUAUGAAGGGGAUGAAAACACUGUUAUGGAUGCUGUUGAGUUUGUACUUCAGAACUUCACAGAGAUGAACAAAUUGUGGGUUCGAAUGCAACACCAGGGACCUGCUCGAGAGAAGGAGAAACGUGAAAAGGAGAGGAAUGAGCUUCGUGAUCUUGUUGGAAAAAAUUUACAUGUUCUCGGUCAGAUUGAAGGCAUUGACCUAGAGCUCUACAGAGAUGUUGUUCUUCCCAGAAUCUUGGAGCAGGUUGUGAAUUGCAAGGAUGAUCUCGCUCAGUAUUAUUUAAUGGAUUGUUUAAUACAAGUCUUUCCAGACGAAUACCAUUUACAGACUCUUGAAACAUUAUUGGGAGCUUGUCCACAGCUGCAGCCCUCUGUUGACAUUAAGACAGUACUCUCCGGUUUAAUGGAUAGACUAUCGAAUUAUGCUGCAUCAAGCAUUGAGGUCUUACCAGAAUUUGUCCAAGUAGAAGCUUUUGCGAAACUGAACAAUGCCAUAGGUCAGGUGAUCGAAGCCCAACCUGAUAUGCCUGUUUUCGGGGCGGUAACUUUAUAUUCAUCUCUUCUGACAUUUACGCUCCAUGUUCACCCUGACCGGCUUGACUAUGUGGAUCAAAUAUUGGGGGCAUGCGUUAGUAAAAUUUCUGGCAAAGGAAAGCUUGAAGGCAAAGCAACAAAACAGAUUGUUGCACUUUUAAGUGCUCCAUUGGAGAAGUAUAAUGAUAUAGAUACUGCACUAAAACUUUCAAACUAUCCUCUAGUCCUGGAGCACCUGGAUGAUAGAACUAAUAAAGUGAUGUCUAAUGUUAUAAUUCAAAGCAUCAUGAAAAACAAGACUCACAUCUCAACUGCUGAAAAGGUUGGGGCUUUAUUUGAGCUGAUAAAAGGGCUUAUUAAAGAUUUGGAUGCUGAUAGUGAUGACGAGAUGGAUGAGGAUGACUUCAAGGAAGAGCAGAACUCUGUUGCUCGUCUAAUUCAAAUGUUGUAUAAUGAUGAUCUGGAAGAGAUGAUAAAGAUUAUAUCUACAGUGAAGAAGCAUAUUUUAACUGGAGGGUCCAAGCGACUUCCUUUUACAAUUCCUCCCCUUAUAUAUAAUGCUCUCAAGUUGGUUAGACGAAUACAAAGCCAGGAUGAAGAUGUUAAUGAAGAGGAGUCAGCUUCAGCCACACCAAAGAAGAUCUUUCAAAUAUUGAACCAGACAAUUGAAGCUUUGUCAAUGGUUCCGGUACCCGAACUUGCGUUAAGGUUGUACUUAGAAUGUGCUGAGGCUGCCAAUGACUGUGAUCUUGAACCUGUAGCAUAUGAGUUUUUCACCCAAGCCUAUAUAUUAUACGAAGAAGAAAUUUCGGAUUCGAGGGCACAGGUAACAGCAUUAUACCUGAUUAUUGGGACUCUUCAGCGGAUGCACACCUUUGGGGUUGAAAACAGGGAUACUUUAACCCACAAGGCCACAGGGUAUUCGGCGAAGCUCUUAAAGAAGCCAGAUCAGUGCAGAGCUGUCUAUGCAUGUUCACAUUUGUUUUGGGUUGAUGAUCAGGAUGGAAUCAAGGAUGGUGAAAGAGUAUUGCUUUGCUUGAAGCGUGCGCUAAGAAUUGCGAAUGCUGCUCAACAAAUGGCGAAUGUGACGAAAGGUAGCAGUGGAUCAGUCAUGCUCUUUAUUGAGAUUCUAAACAAGUAUUUGUACUUCUUUGAGAAGGGAAAUACUCAAAUUACGGUUGCUUCAAUUCAAGGACUGAUUGAAUUGGUUACAACCGAAAUGCAAAGUGACACUACAACAUCAGAUCCUGCUGCUGACGCAUUCUUUGCUAGUACAAUUCGUUAUAUCCAGUCCCAGAAGGACAAGGGUGGAGCUACAGGGGAGAAAUUUGAGCCUAUCAAGGUCUGAUUUUGUUGCUAUCUUUGAUGUAAAAGUACUUGCCAAGCUCUACAGGUAUUGAGGUAUGGAUGUGAUUCCUGCUUUUGAAAUCAUAAUGCUUAUUUUGGUGGUGGAUCCAUGGUAAAGUAUGUGAUGUAUGGUUGUCUAUAGUUUUGACUCACUGAUGGGUUUAUGUUAGAGGAGAUUAUACACUCGAAAUUUGGAAUGUGUAACUUACGAACGAAGUGUCGAUAUGAAGUUUUUGAUAUAGGAGAGAACAUCUUUAAUUUAAUGAAACAAAGUUUAGGAUU